CACCAGUUUCUAAUCAUCCGACGGUCGAUAUUAGGCGGCUGCAUCAAUUUACCAGCGUCAAAGGCGCAGAGGAAACGCCAAGAAGGAUUUAUACAUCAGAUUCACCGGGGAAACAAGAGAAAAGGGCGAACCCACCAGCUCGAAGCUUCUCCAACCCCGAGAAGCCGAACCCGUAGUAGCUAAAGCAACCAGCUCAACCCCGUACUCCAGAACUCUGCCUGCCACUGACACAGGCGCUGCACUCCGUACUUCCUUCGCUUCUGAUAGAGACGUAAAUCAAGUAUGGGAGACAGUGAGACAGCAGUCGCCCCCGAGCAUAUGGUUACUGAAUAUGCCUCAGCUGGCUAUAACAAUACAAUUCCGAACCUGAGUGCUUAUGCUUCUGAAACUUCCGAAGGAGGGUAUGGAGCUCCUGCAGCUGCAUCGGAAGCAGGUUACAGUAUGCCAACUGGUGUGAGUGCAGCAGCUGAUGGAAGUGCGUAUGGUGCAGAUCCUAAUUCCGUUUUGCAUGAUGCGCAUGGGAAUGCUUAUCAGGCCAAGAAUACUACUGGAGUGGCACCGGCCACCGAACAUGCGCCUGCAUCUGUAAAUGGAAACAUAGGUGGUGAAGGGAAACCUCUGACAACAGUUGAGAAUGGGAGUUCUGCAGAUGAUAUGGGUGCGGCAGCUACUACGCAACAGUCAUUGGAUGGUUCUGUUCCUGCAACAUCACCUGAAGAGGAUCGGUUGUGGAACACUGUUAAGGCCAAUUCAUUGGAUUUUGAUGCAUGGACUGCAUUGAUAGAUGAAACUGAGAAGGUCGCAUGGGACAAGAUACUAAAAAUUAGAAGAGUUUAUGAUGCUUUCUUGGCUGAAUUUCCAUUGUGCUAUGGUUAUUGGAAAAAGUAUGCUGAUCAUGAGGCACGCCUGGGUGACAUGGACAAAGUAUUGGAGGUGUAUGAGAGAGCUGUUCUGGGGGUGACAUAUUCAGUGGAUAUUUGGUUGCAUUAUUGCACAUUCGCCAUUAGUACAUAUGGUGAUCCAGAGACUAUUAGAAGGUAAUAUGAGUAGAUUUUUUACUGGGUGAUUUUCAUUCUAGGUUGCUCCUUUGAGUGAUUUCUUGUGUCAUGAGGUUGUAGCAUUUUCUUUUUUGGUGUUCUCUAACAUUAUUUCAGUCUGCCUGCAACAGUGAUCCUCAUGUAAUGGCGAGUGGUGUGAUGGGAAUGAGUAAAAAAUGCAUUUUUUAUGUGCAAACCUUGAUUAUGGGGUUUCACUAUUGGUUUCUGUUUCAGAGUUUCUUAGGUCGUUCCUUUUCGGUUUUUGUUUUCCCUUUCCCCGUCCCUUAAUACCUUUUCUCCGUUGUUGGAAGGUUUGCGUCAUAGUAAAUAGUAGUUUGUAAACCAUGGCUUUCUUAAACAUUGACACUCUGAAGUGCAUCAAUAUGCAAAAUGCUGCUGGGAAGAUCCCGUCCUGUUAAAAGGACUGAGAUGGCCUGAUUCAAUGCUCCCUUUCAGACAUAGUAUGGGUUUUAUCGGGAAGGCUUUUUGAACGAGGGUUAACAUAUGUUGGAACAGAUUAUUUGUCUUCUCCGCUUUGGGACAAAUACAUUGAAUAUGAGGAAAUGCAUUCAGAGUGGGCCCGGGUUGCAUCAAUAUACACCAGAAUACUGGAGAUCCCAAAUAAACGUCUGGAUGAUUAUUUUAAUAGGUUUAAGGAAUUUGCUGCAAGUCGACCUCUGUUGGAAUUAAGAUCUGCAGAGGAAACUUCUGCUCCUCCGUCUGGUCAUUCUGAGAAUGGUAGCCAAGCAAGUGAAGGAGUUGUUCAUCCUAAUGAACAAGAAGACUCUUCUAAACCUGUAAAUGCUGGCUUAACAGAAGCAGAGGAGUUGGAGAAGUAUAUCGCGCUUAGAGAAGAGAUGUAUAAGAAAGCUAAAGAGUUCGAUUCUAAGAUCUCUGACUUCGAAAAUGCUAUCAGGAGGCCCUACUUUCAUGUGCGGCCUCUAAAUGUUGCAGAGCUUGAAAAUUGGCAUAAUUAUUUGGAUUUCAUCGAAGGACAAGAUGAUCUGAAUAAGCUACGUAGUAUCGGCUGCUUCUUGUGCUUUAUUGGCUAAACCGUUGGAUGAAGCAACUUUUUAAACGGGAAAUUGAACUGAGGCUAAAGCCUGGGGUCUUCGAUUUGGUUUCUAUAAGGCUAAGUACUUCAAACCCUCACAUUUGUUAGUGGACAUUCUAGGUUCAUGUAUGUGUUAAAUUAUUCUUCUUCUUAAAACAAAUAUGUUAUGAAUGCAGGUAUCUUCUUGUCUCCUUAAGAAUCUAUCUCAGCAUGGAGGGUCCCUCCUUUGGUAUUUGAGGGGCCUUUCUGUUCACCGAUGGAGUAUUUCUUAUGCAUUACUCUUUUGUGCUUUGAUCCUUUCUGUACCUUGUUUACGUACCCCUACAUGUCCCAUAGUUCAUGAUGUUUGGAUUUUUGUGGAUCAGGUUGUCAAAUUAUAUGAAAGGUGCCUAAUUGCCUGUGCAAAUUAUCCCGAGUAUUGGACACGCUAUGUCUUGUGCAUGGAAGCCUGUGGAAGUAUGGAUAUAGCUGAUAACGCUCUUGUUCGUGCAACUGAAGUAUUUGUAAAGAGACAGCCAGAUAUUCAUCUAUUUGCUGCCCGAUUUAGAGAGCAGAAUGCAGAUAUACCUGGUGCUCGGGCAGCAUAUGAACGAGUGCACACUGAGAUUGCACCUGGGCUUUUAGAAGCAAUCAUUAAGCAUGCAAACAUGGAAUAUCGGCUUGGGAAUCUUGAAACUACUUUCUCUUUAUAUGAACAAGCCAUUGCCAUUGAAAAAGGGAAAGAUCAAUCCCAGGUGCUGCCAAUGUUGUAUGCACAAUAUUCUCGAUUUGUGUAUCUGGCUUCUGGAAAUGCGGAGAAAGCAAGGGAAAUUCUAGUUACAGCUCUCGAUCAUGUCCCAUUUUCCAAACCCCUACUUGAGGCGCUUAUACAUCUGGAGUCAAUUAUGUCCCUUCCAAAACGAAUUAACUACUUAGAUUCCUUGGUUGACAAGUUCAUUGCACCUAGUUCUGAUAGUACUGCAAGCCCUGUGGAGAGGGAAGAGCUAUCGUGCAUUUUCCUAGAGUUCUUAAGUGUAUUUGGGGAUGUACAAUCAAUCAAGAAGGCUGAAGACCGUCAUGCUAAGCUCUUUUUGCCCCAUAGGAGCAAAUCAGAGUUGAAGAAGCGUCAUGCUGAGGAUUACUUGUCCUCGGAUAAGAGCAAAGUCGCAAAAUCUUACACUGAUUCUGCUUCACCUGCACAAUCUGUGAUGGGUGCAUACCCAAACGCACAACAAACCCAGUGGCCAGCUGGUUAUGGUGUACAACCUCAAGGUUGGCCUCCGGCUACCCAGGCACAGCCACAGGUUCAACAGUGGGGACCAGGCUAUACACAACCUGCCUAUGGUGCAUAUGGCGGAGCAGCGUAUGGAGGCAGCUACCCGGCUUCGCAGGUGCCCACAUCUGUUGCGCCAACUGCUGCAUACGGUGCUUAUCCUCCUACCUAUCCUCCCCAGCAGCCGCAGCAGGCAGCGGCAGCAGCAGCAGCAGCCGCGUUUCCUCAGCAGACCUAUGCUCAACCGGCCGGGGCAGCAGCGUUAGCACCGGCUCAGCAGCCAGCUGCAGUUCCACAGCCCUAUUAUGGGAGUUACUACUGAAGCAGCUGCUGAUUGGCUUUUUUUGAACUCCCCUCUUGUCAUUGAAUUUAAUGUAACAGUGGGGGCUGGAGGGGAGUUUUUGAACUAGUGACCGGGGAGAGUGUAGCUCAGAUACAGAAAGAGAGAGGCCUAGGAAAGGCGAGAAAUAUGACCAAAUCUCAUCAGUUGUAGAGUAUUCAGUUCGUAGCUGGUAUACUUUCACAUGUGUUUUGAAUUUUUUUUUAUUUUAAAGAGCUCGGCCUUGUUUUGUUGGUUUUAUUACCCUAUGCGGUCCUCUGCUGUUCAUUGAUCCCAUCCCUGGUUGGCAAUUCUGCCGAAUCCAUACGGUAUUUUACUAUCCUAACUCAAUUACGUGGUGAGUGGUAAAUAGAUGGGUAGAUGUAUGUUGAUAGGUACACUUA